UGGCUUGCGGGGCGGGGCCGGCGGCGGCGUGCGGUGGCUGACUGGCUGGCUCCGGGAAGGGGCGCGCGGGCACGGAUGGUCGCUCCACGGUCCCUGGUCAGCCUCGCCUUCUGUGCCUGCUACCUCGCUUCCUACCUCACGAACAAGUAUGUCCUGUCUGUCCUGAAAUUCACCUACCCUACAUUAUUCCAAGGAUCUGAUGUGCUGACAUGGCUUCCGGCCUCCACGCUGUUUGUAGGUGUAAUCUAUGCGGGCUCCAGGGCCUUGUCCAGACUGGCCGUGCCUGUGUUUUUCAUUCUGCACAAUGUAGCUGAAGUUAUCAUCUGCGGGUACCAGAAGUGUUUUUGGAAAGAGAAAAUACCUUCUGCAAAGAUCUGCAGUGCCCUCUUCCUCCUGGCCGCUGCAGGGUGCCUUCCCUUCAACGACCCCCAGUUUGAUCCAGAGGGAUAUUUUUGGGCUGUAAUUCACUUAUUCUGUGUAGGGGGUUAUAAGGUACUGCGGAAGGCCCAGAACCCCUGCACAUUAAGUGAUAUUGACCAGCAGUACUUCAACUAUAUAUUCAGUGUGGUGCUCCUGGCAUUUGCAUCUCAUCCCACAGGUGACCUCUUCAACGUCCUGGACUUCCCAUUCCUGUAUUUCUACAGAUUCCAUGGCAGCUGCUGUGCCAGUGGGGUUUUCGGGUUCCUGCUCAUGCUCAGCACAGUGAAGCUGCAGAAUCUCAUGGCCCCUGGGCAGUGUGCAGCCUUGACCUUCUUGGCCAAGGUCCUCACAGCUGGGCUGUCCGUGCUGCUCUUCGAUGUGGUCUUGACCAGUGCAACCUUGGGAUGCCUCCUGCUGGGUGGGCUUGGAGAGGCCUUGCUGGUUUUCUCAGCGCGGAAGGGCUCCUGAUGACAGUGUUCAAGGAAGGAGACUCAGGAGUGGAGACUGUCAAGACUGGCCUGGACUCCCUGCUGGAGCACUGAAAAGACCUCGAGGACAAGAGGACUGAGCCCUGCCUGCGCCUUGACCAAGCUGCAUGUUGCAAAGACACAGCUGCUUCCGUAGGCUUUGGGGAGAACUUUCUCAGGGUGUCCAGCUGCCACAGAGGGAUGGCUGGCGUUAUGUCAUCCCUCAGAGACUCUGGGCUGUGCCGCACCCAGCUCUGCAGACAGGAAGUGCAGGAUUUCACCAGUACAGCUCCGUGCACCUUGGUCCACCCUCAGGCCUUGGUAUACUAAACGCCCCCACCAACCCUGCUUUGUGUCUGCCUGCUCUCUGCCUCUCAUCACAGGUAAAAAUGUUCAGUGUGACCUUUAUACAACAUAACCUCAGCUUGCUUUCAUUCUUUCCAGGAUGGCGGACUCUCUGUAGACUGACAAUGGAACAGGAAGCCUUAUUCUUUUGCCCCACAACACUCUCUAACCCCUGAGAUGCAGCAAGUGGCAUCUGCCCAGAUGUCACCUCGGCCUGUCUUUCCUGCUGUCCUUAAUAGCACAUGCCUCGUCCUCAGCCUCCAGAGAAGGACCGAAGCCCAGACUCAUUCCAGGCAGGAGGACUGACCCCAAAACCUUGUGCCAGGAAGUUUUAGACCCUUUUGGCCUUAAGGAUCUCUGGCGAGGGUGUUUGGGGCUCUGCUUUGUUUUCUGUCACAUUCCAGGGUCUUGCUAUUUCUUACCUCUACCUCGUCCUGUUUCUUUCUGUCUCUGUUUGUAGCCAUUUGUUCUCAAGCUGUCACCACUGUCUUUUUUAGGUCCAGGUUCACACACGCGGCCCUGAACGUUGGGGUCUGUGAGGUGGGCUCCCCAGAUCCUGCAGUCCUGGCAGCCCUCAUAAGCUGGGACUGGGUAAUGCUUCAGUUGCCCUUAGGUCCUCAAUCCCUGGGCCCAAGUCAAGCCCAGGAUGUUUUUGUUUGUACAAAGUCAGGAAAGACUGCUUUCUGUCCAGAAAGGCCCAGUUCACUAUGGCUGGGUAGUUUUACUGAUCUGCUGUGGGUACAGAGAAAAGUAAACCAUUUUUUUCCUAGAUAAUUUGCUUUUUUUCUCUUCAGCUUUGGAGGUGGGCAUGGGAGGAGAAUCACAGUAAAGGUUGUUGCUAUUCCUGGAGAGGGAAUUCUUUGUAUCUUUGUGUGUGUGUGUGUGUGUGUGUGUGUGUGCAUGAGCAUGCAUGUGAUAUAGGGCCUUUGCACUGAACUACAUCCCCAACCCUUUUAUAAUUUUAUUUUUGUUUUGAGAUAGGGCCUCAGUAAAUUGCUAAGUUCCCAAGCUGGGUUCAAACUUGCAGCCCUUCUGCCUCAGCCUCCCAGAGUGCUGGGAUUACAGAGCUGUACCACCACACCUGGAAAUCUUGUAUCUUUCCCAGACGCCUCCUUCUGCCACACCCAGGCCUCUUUCCACUCAGUAGUAAAGGGCCCAUGCGGCUCCUUCCUAACCUAGUCUGUCCAUGGAGUUCCCACAAGGACCAAAUCAUUGUCAAAUGAGAAUUACAGGCUGUAAGUGUGAAAAUACUCUUAAUUUUGAAGACUUCAUUAAAAAAUGUAACAUACCAUAUUUUUAUAUUGAUCAAACUUUAAUAUCUGACAUAUCAACUAUAAAUUCCAUGAAAUGUAUAUUCUCGAAGUUCAGUUCUUUUUUCCUUUUAUAAUUCAGCCACUGGAAGUUUCAGUGUUUGCUGGGGUGUGCAUGGUCUCUGUUGGUGAGUGUGAAUUCAUACCAGCUCCUCCGGCCCAGGAACUGGCAAAGGAGGUGUGUGGGUGGCAGCUGCUGGGGUGCCGACCUGGCAGUGAUACCUACAGCCGCUGGGGUUUACUAUGUUCCAAGCACUCCCUGCGCUGCGGCUUUGAUUCUUCCCCCUGGGUGCAGUGACUUCUCUCAUUUCCCAAGCAGAUCUGAGAGAUUUGGUAACUUUCCGGGAUCGCCUACCAGGGACUCAAACUCUGGCCUUCCAGUCUUCGCUAUAGAGUUCUGCUGCAGAGGCUGGGAUCCAGCUCAGCGGCAUAGCGCCUGCCCAGCAGAUGUGAAGUUUAGAGUUCAAUUCCUGGUACAAAAUAAAUAAAUAAAUAAAUAAAUAAAUAAAUAAAUAAAUAAA